UCUUAGUAAUCUGUGAUUGCGUCUGCCCGGUUUAAUUUGUUCUUCGGCGGGAAAGCAUGCAAUGGUGAACAUGGUGAAGAACACUGAAGAGGUUGAGUAAAGCUGUAUAAAAUGCAAGCAUUUUUGAAAACCGGAAAACUCAGUGGAGGUCAGGGAAGUUCAUCAACAACGAAGGAAAAAUCAUGUUCAUCAGGAGUGUCUAAGAAGAAACCGUCGCUUACACCAUGGGUGGAGAAGUACCGUCCUCAGACAGUGAACGAUGUUGUUGAACAGAAUGAUGUUGUACAGGUAAUGAGGCAAUGUCUGAAUGGUGCUGAUUUGCCAAAUCUACUUUUCUAUGGUCCUCCAGGUACUGGUAAAACGAGCACGAUUUUGGCCGCUGCUAGACAACUUUUUGGUGAUAUUUAUAAAGAUAGGAUAUUAGAGCUUAAUGCAUCAGAUGAACGAGGUAUUCAGGUGAUCCGUGAGAAAGUUAAGAGCUUUGCUCAGUUUUCGGCAAGUAGCAUUCGACCUGAUGGAAGGCCAUGCCCACCGUUCAAGAUUGUGAUCCUGGAUGAGGCAGACUCAAUGACACCAGCAGCGCAGGCUGCGUUGCGCCGAACCAUGGAAAGAGAAAGCAGAACAACUCGGUUCUGUUUGGUCUGCAAUUACGUGAGCCGCAUCAUCCCUCCUAUCACUUCCCGAUGUAGCAAGUUCCGCUUCAAACCACUUGGCAGUGAACUGAUUCGGGAGCGACUGCAGUUGAUCUGUUCGGAGGAGAAGGUAUCAUGCGGCGAAGAUGCUAUGAAGUGUUUAGUGGAGACAUCUGGAGGUGAUCUACGACGUGCUAUUACCUGCCUUCAGUCCUGCAGUCGCCUCAAGGGCCCAGGCAUUGAGAUACAUGCUGAUGAUGUGCAAGAAGUAGCUGGGGUUGUACCUGUCCAGUGGGUAAAUGGUAUGUUGGAAGUCUGUCAUCACAACAACUACGAGAUGUUGACAGAGUUUGUGGACAGACUGAUGCAGGAAGGGUAUUGUGUUGCACAGCUUGUUGAACAGCUCCACGAAGUUAUAGUAUUUGAUAACAAUAUGACAGAUCAACAGAAAUCCUUGAUCUGUGACAAAUUAGGGGUCUGCAGCUUCAGGAUGCAAGAUGGUGGAAAUGAGUACAUUGGUUUGCUGGAUUUGGGCUGUACCAUCAUCAGAACAAUGAAGACAUGAAAAUAAAAAGUAAAUUGAGUAAAUACAUCGAAACCUGCAUUUAAUUUCCUUGAUCUAAAGUUCUCCCUUAUUUAACGUUUAAGUCAAGUGAUUAUAGACAGCGAACACUCUGAGAUUCCCCCCCUUUAAGAUUUUCCUCACUUUAAAGCCACUGGUCUCCAGAGAAACCUUACACUGGGGUUUCACUCUGUUGUGUGUCCUUGCUGAACACAAAUUGGCAUGAGAUGUGCCUUUAAUUUAUAUGUGCAUUGACAUUACAGUGAAGAUGUAUGCUGUUUCAAAUAUUUGGUACAAAUUAGAGCCAAAACAGAAAUUUCAGUCUGUAUUUUAAUACCUUUAUUUGAGUACAAGAAUAUCUGAGUUACACAUAUGAAGCAUAAUCAUUCUGCAUGUGGCUAUUUGUUUUGUUUUCUUAAUGUUAAAGUGUGUUCUUCUGGCAUGUGGUGCCCUGUAAUCUGGUAUGUAGAUACCAAAAUUUUUUAGCAAACCUCAAGCAAUGCUUUCAUGUAAUGAUGGAGGCAAUAUAUUCCUCCAGAACUUGAGUAAAUUUCUACUAGACUGCACAGUGUCACAUCCCAUAAGAUGCCUUCAUAUUUAACCACUGUGAAUACCUCAAUUCAGUGUUGUAGACGUACAGUUUUCCUUGUGCCUGAGCACCCUGUUCUGAGGGUAUGUAGAGUGUGAAAGUAACAUUUGACCCACUCUUGACUUCAUAGGUGGUUUGUAGCUGGUUGAAAAUGAAGAUUAGUGUAGAGUUGAAAACAGCAGAAAUAUACUUUUCUGUUUGAGGUGUUUCCUGGGCUUAUGGAUUGUAAGUGAAGGUGAAGCUAUCCCUGUAACAGGCUGUGGAGGCCCAUAUGGUUGUGAGAUUUUGAGGCUCGCACAUUUUC